GCCGGGGAUGGACACAUAGGAUAACAUGCCGGGGAUGGACACACAUAGGAUAACAUGCCGGGGAUGGACACACAGGAUAACAUGCCGGGGAUGGACACAUAGGAUAACAUGCCGGGGAUGGACACAUAGGAUAACAUGCCGGGCAUGGACACAUAGGAUAACAUGCCGGGGAUGGACACAUAGGAUAACAUGCCGGGGAUGGACACAUAGGAUAACAUGCCGGGGAUGGACACGUAGGAGAACGUGCCGGGGAUGGACACAUAGGAUAACAUGCAGGGGAUGGACACAUAGGAUAACA